CAACCUGAGAUAACUUUUCCGCGGCUAUGUUCAUGGAGAGCUUUGUGUAUCACCCUUUCGGCAUGUAUCAGAGCUUCAGAGGCAGCUUCACGCCGAGCCGCAGCAGGGACCCACCGGUGAAGCAGCCCAGCUGGAAGCAGAGUAAGAGCAGUGGCAUCAGCCCCUUCCUCGGGGGGCCUUUCACUCCCAGGCCGUCUGACUACCUAGACAGCUUCCGCCAGAGCCAGCUCCAGGCCCUCCUGUCGCAGGUGAGCCCCGGGCCGACGCCGCGGCUACAGCGGGCCAGCACGAAGGAGGUGGGCGUGCAGGUGAGCCUGCGGACCGACGCCGCCGUGCAGUGCUCGCUGGGGCCGCGCACGCUGCCUGUCGGCCGCCCCUCUGCCCUCCGGACCCUUGCCCUCUACUCCCCCGUGGCCAACGGCCGGUUCUUCACGCUGCCUGACACCGCUGGACCUCAGAAGGACAAGGCGUCUGAAACGACUCCCGAGAAGCGAAAAGAAGAGGAUGGUAGCGGAGAGCAGCAGGAUGGCCAGGAGGAGGCUGUUGUGCCGAGUGAGGAGGCUUCGGAGAAAGCACGGGAGAACGCUACUGACCCCAGACGGUGGGGUCCCUUCCAGUUUUUGGAGCAGAAGUAUGGCUAUUUCCACUGUAAAGACUGCAAGACCAGAUGGGAGAGUGCGUACGUGUGGUGCAUUUCUGGAAGCAACAAGGUGUACUUCAAGCAGCUCUGUCGCAAAUGCCAAAAGGGCUUUAAUCCUUACCGAGUGGAAGCAAUCCAGUGCCAGACCUGUUCCAAGACCCGGUGUUCCUGCCCUCAGACAAAAAGACACAUUGACCUCAAGAGACCUCAUCGCCAAGAACUUUGUGGCCGCUGCAAAGGCAAAAGGCUGUCCUGUGACAGCACUUACAGCUUCAAAUACGUUGUUUGAUCUGUGUGCCCUCUUCUGUUCUGCACUUUGCACUUUGUAUUUUGUCAGUCUCUUUCAAUGUUUUGACUUUAGGCUUUUGACCUGGCAUUGGAUAAUGGAUAAAGACUCUUGUAUUUAUAAAGAAACUAACUUUGAUGAAUAUAUGCUGUGAAUAAAGUUCAGUAAAAGUUUGCACUA